AUGGAGUCGCUCAGAGAAGACGGAUCCUUUCGGUCAGAUGACGAGGGGGAGGUAGAUCGGUUCGCUUCUCUGCUCAACCCCUCCGACUACUCUGCAGACGGGAUCGAUGAAAGCCAAGGCCUGCUGUCGGGCGAGAAGGUGCUCAAGACGGCCGAGGGCGAAGUGGUGGUGCGUCAAGAGGGCGGAGGCGAUCUGCCGCGCAAGGGCACCCUCCACUUCACCAACUAUCGACUGUUUCUGAGCCAAGAGGCGGCAGACAGAAAGUACUGGAUCCCCUAUAACCUCAUCCUGCGAUGGAAAGCGUCACUUGACAAAGAUCUGGGAGCGCACAUCGUCGUGGACUGCAAGGACUUCAGGUCGGUGGCACUGCAUUUCUCGCGGGGCGAUGAUCAGCAGCUGGCCCUCAAGGCCCUCAAGGCGCACUUUGCGUGCACCUCGGUCCGCGAGUUCUACGCAUUUCAAAACAACGAGCGGUACCCCAUCGCCUCCGAGCUGGCUGGGUGGCCCAUCUACACGCUCGAGCGCGAGCUGGAGCGGCAGGGCGUCGGCUUCGGCGAGAAGAACGAGUGGAAGCUGAUUGAGAACUCCCAGCACAAGAAGAGUCCCACCUACCCCGGCAAGCUCCUCAUUCCGCGAUCCAUGAACAAAGCCAAGCUGUACAAAUCAGAUAUAUUCUACGCCAAGCGAAUGAUCGCCUUCAGUUGGAAGAACCCGGGCGGGGAGGGAAUGAUCUUUCGCUACACGGCCAAUGUGGGCUCCCACAUGUGCCGCGACACGCACGGAGGCCUCACGGGCCACAAGCCCGACCGGCACACCGAGGGCGAGCUCAAGGAGCCCAUCCUCAAGCACAUCCUCAAACUCUACCCCAAAACCACAAGCGGCGACGUGUUCGAGCCGAGAGAGCGGAUAAAGGUGCACGUAGCCAGCAUGAUGAACCGAAUGGAGGUCAACAACAGCCUCCUGCGCCUGAUCGAAUACAUCAAGCAGUUCUACCCCAAGUGGAAGCGCUACGCCUCUCCCGGCGCCUCGCUGGAUACUAUGACGAUCGAGAUGGCUGAGGACCUGAAGGAGACGAAAUGGCUUACCUGCGUGAAGCAGCUCCUGCGAGUCACCAAGAUUGCCACAUCGGUGCUGCUCACCGACGAGCCUUUGGUCGUUCGAGGUGUGGCGAAGAACAUCUGUGAACAACAGAUCACCUCCCUCGCGCAGCUUUGUCUCGAUCCCUACUAUCGCACCAUGAAGGGGUUCAGCGUCCUCGUAGAAAAAGAGUGGCUCAGUUUUGGACACAAGUUCUGGCAGCGACCCACGAAGAAGAAGGUGUCGGCCUCCCGCAAUGCCAAGCAGUUGUGCGGGACGUUCCUGUUGUGGCUCGAUGCGGUGUACCAACUGUGGGACCUCCGACCGCAGGCUUUCGAGUUUACCGCCGACUAUCUUAGCGUCUUGAUGGAUGCCGUGUACAGCUCGCGAUUCGGCACAUUCUUAGCCAACUCUGAAAAGCAGAAGAACGACGAAAACUUCUACACUGGCUCUGUCUCGGUGUGGAGCUUUCUCGAUGUGUACAAACAAGGCUACAUUAACCCCGUGUACGACGAUUCAGCGUUCCCGCUCGGUAAAUCGCUGCCGAUCAAGCCCAAGUUCGCAAAGCUGUGGACGAGCUACUACCUGCGGUGGGAGGGCCAGAAGGCGGAGAUGCGCUCCGGCGCUAAGAUCUUUGAUUUCUGCGCGCGCGAAGUCUUCCGACCCGACGACAUGAAGGACGAAGAGCUCGACCUCAACAUGUCCAACUCCGAGCUGCACGCCCUGCCGGUCGCGCUGAUGCGUCAGGUCGCGCUCGCGCCGAGCGCCAGCGGCGGCGGCCACAAUCGGCUCAUGAAGAGCACCCGCGGCGAGCUGCAGCCGGAGCAGUGGGGUCCCAGCGGCGGCAUCGAUCGGCACCUGUGGCGGCUGAAGGACCUGCGCGCGCUGCGGCUCGACCACAACUUCAUCUCGUCGCUCGGGCUGCUCGACUGCGAGCGCAUCAAGCGCCUGCAGGUGCUCGACCUGUCGCACAACCAGCUCAAGGCCUUCUCGGCCAAGCAUCCGAUCGUUCGGUCGCUCUUCACCCUCACCAACCUGCGCGAGCUCAACCUGCGGGGCAACCGCAUCGAUCGGCUGCCGCAGGAGGUCUCCCAGCUGACCAACCUCACCCUGCUCGACCUCAGCGACAACCGCUUCGAGGAGAUCCCCUCGUCGCUGAUCAGCCUGUCCGGGUCGCUGCGCCACCUCUUCCUCGCGCACAACCGCACGCUCGAGAACUUUGACUUCCCGUCGUCGAUCAACUACCUCACCAACCUGCGCCGGCUCGACGUGCAGGGCAACAACUUCCACUCGCUGCCCAUGUCCCUCUUCGAGAAGCUCGUGCACCUCGAGGAGCUCAGCCUCAGCGAAAACUUCUUCGCCGCCCUUCCGCCGUGCGCCCCGCACGGGCUGAGCGCCCUCCACAAGCUCGACCUCAGCCGCCUGCGGCUCAACGACUUCUCGUUUCCGCAGCAAGUCAUCAUGACGACUCUGCGCGAGCUUCGAGCGGUGGAUUUGGCGUUGACAACGCUGCCGUCGACGUUCUCCACUCUGCAGGCGCUCGAGUACCUGGACCUGUCGGACAACCUGCUGCUGUCGGUCCCCGGCUCGCUCAUGCAGCUGGCGUCGCUCAAGUUCCUCUACCUCCGCAACAACAAGCUCACGGCGCUGCCCCCGCACAUCUCGCAACUCAAGUCGCUCGUGACGCUCGACAUCGGCCUCAACCAGAUCGCCGCGCUGCCCAUCCAGGUGGGCUCGCUCAAGAGCCUCACCAGCCUCGACUUCUCCUACAACGCCGUCCGCGAGCUGCCGCCCCAGCUGGCCAUUCUCCCGCUGCUGACCCACCUCAACUACGAGGGCAACGAAAUCGUCUACCCGCAGCCCCCCAUUCUCGUCAUGGGCCAAGACGCGGUGCUGCGGUUCAUGCGCCAGUUGCUCGAUGGACAGGAGCAGUGCAGCCGCAUGAAGCUCAUGCUGGUGGGCCAGGAGAAUGUGGGCAAGUCGACCCUGCUGCGGGCCCUGCGCCAUCACUCGUCGCCCAAGGUCGGCAAGGCGCCGCGCAAGAUGAUGUCCGAAUCGCUCGACAAGGGCCAACAGGGAAGCAACAUAUCGACCGACGGCAUCGACAUCUCGCAGUGGGUGCUUCCGGUGCGGGUGCCUGCAGACGACGGCGCCCCCGCCGAGGUCAAGGAGGUCACCCUCUCCGCGUGGGACUUUGCGGGCCAGGAGAUCUACUACUCGACGCACCAGUUCUUCCUCUCUGAGCGUUCGCUGUACCUGUUCGUGUUCGACGUCUCCCAGCCCAAUAUGGAACAGUCCUCCCGCAUCGAGUUCUGGUUGCGUUCGAUUCGAGCACGCGCCAAGAAUGCGUCGGUGAUCGUGGUGGGCACGCACAUCGACGAGAAGAUCUGCACCAACAACUACCUCGAGCUGCGCCGCCACUACGUCGAAGAGUUCUGCGCCUCGCGCUACCCCAACAUCAGGGGCAUCACAUUCGUGAGUUGUACGACGGGCAAGGGGCUGGACGUGCUGCAGGCCAUGAUCGAGGAGACCAUCGUGGCGCAGGGCCACAUCGGCGAUGUGCUGCCCAAGUCCUACCUCCACCUCGAGAGCCUCAUUCUCAACCACAAGACCAAGGGCAAGCGCACGUCGAGCAUCGCCCACCAGCCGGCCCUGCUGCCCCCGCUGCCGCACCAGCCCCACCAUCAGCCGCAGGCCCCGGGCUCUGGCGGUCCGCACGACAAGUCGUCUCCGAACGGGGUGCAGGUCCCCAUCAUCUCCUACGAGGAAUACAAGUCCAUCGCUCAGCUGUGUCUGAUCGAGAAUAAGGAGCUGGAGAUCGCCACGACGCUUCUGCACAAUCUCGGCAGCAUCAUCUACUUCGGCGACGAUGAAAAGCUGGCCGACGUGGUCAUCCUUGACCCACAGUGGCUCACCAACGUGAUGAGCUCCAUCGUCACCACCAAGCACAGCUACGUCUCCAGGCGAGAGGGCAUUCUGCACCACUCCACGCUGCCUCUGCUGUGGCGCGAGCCGGACUUCCCCGCGUCGCUUCACGCCUUCAUCCUGGCGCUGCUCAACCGGUUCGAGAUUGCCUUCACCAUGGACAACGUACACACUCGAGGGGCUGGUUCCGACAGCAACGACAAGGCCCUGGCCCGCAAGUCUCGCGACGAGACGAAGCCGAACGACGACGACGCCGACGAUGCGGCCGAGUCCCAGAUCACCGCCGGCGCCAGGAUCGACUACAACGGCGUCAGUCUCAUACCGUGCCUCCUCGCCGAAGAGCGGCCCAAGGACAUGGACACCCUGUGGCCCAAGCGCAGGCGCGGUGAUGGCAUUUCGGAGUUCGGGCGGGUGUACCGUUUCAAUUUCGUGCCUGCGGGAUUCUUCGGGCGCGUGAUGGUGCGGCUCCUCAACUUUAAGCUCGAGAAGGCCAAGAAAUACUGGCGCAACGGGUUGCUUCUGCACAACCACCCGGAGAAGGUGUUGGUCGAGUUUCUGCCGUCGUCCAAUCAGCUCAACAUCACCAUCCGCACGGUGAGCGAUGACGAGCAGGCCUCGUCGGACAGCGAAGAGGAGAACCCCGCGGAGCGGGCACGGAACGCACGCGAUCGACUGAGCCGACGCUUCGAGCUCCAUAAGCAACGCAAGGAGAGCUUUCAAACGCUUUCGCUGCUGGUCUUCGCGGCGGUGGAUGCGCUGAUCAACGACUGGUACAGUCUGGAUGUGCGCGUCCUCGUUCCGUGUGCGCACUGCGUCGACAACGAGAUCUAUCCGCCCUACUACUUCCCGUUCCAGGACUGUCAGAGCGCGCUGUUCAAGAGCAGCAGUGCCUACGCCACCUGCCUGCGGGACGCGCCGGCGCCGGUGCUGGAGGCCGCUCCCGACACGCCAAGGCGUAACGUGAACUACGUGCGGCUGGACAAGCUCGUUCCGGACGUGGCGAUGGCGUCGCGCAUCAAAUUCACCGAGCUUCAGUUGGCCAACCUGGUCGGCAAAGGCAGCUUUGCCGAGGUAUAUCGAGCGAUCUGGCGAAAGCCGAAGAAAAAGAAGCGAAAGGAGAAGAACGAAGACGACGCGGAGGACAGCGAACUAGACGACUUCAGCGAGAUGGAGGAGUCGGACACCGAAACGGAGACCGACACCGAGACCGACACCGAGACCGACACCGAGGACGAGUCCGCGCAGCUUAAGGGCAAGCCGGAGGACUACGACGAGGAGACGGUCGCCGUGAAGAAGCUGAUGUUCACCGAAGAGGAGGAUCUCCCGCCGGAGGACACCGUCAGGGCCAUCGAAGAGUUCAGGAAUGAAGUGUGGAUCAUGAGUGGUGUGGUGCACCCCAACAUUGUGCCCCUCAAAGGGUUCACCAUGGAGCCCUGCUGCUGUAUCGUGACGGAGUUCAUGGAGGGCGGCAAUCUAUGGGACUUCAUCAAGAGCGAAGCAAGCGAGACUGCGUUGACCUGGCCCUUGCGCCUGAAGAUCGCCAAAGACGUGGCGAAGGGCAUGACCUUCCUGCACUCCAUGAACCCGCCCAUCAUGCACCGCGACUUGAAGACGCCCAACAUUAUGUUGGCGGACAUCUCUCCCCAGUCGAAGGUGGUCGCGAAGGUGAUCGACUUCGGCGUGUCCUCCUCAGCCCUCUCGGCCGUGGGCCGCAAGGUCGACUGUCCCGUGUGGCUGGCCCCGGAGAUCAUUCGUGGCAAGGACUACUCGGUGAAGAGCGACGUGUAUUCGUUCGGAGUGAUUCUCUACGAGCUGCUGGUGCGGCACCGCUAUUUCGCCGAGGACCUUUGGAUGAGCAAGCUCGAGACCAAGAUCAUCGGCGGCGUCCGCCCCGCUCUCCCCGAUGAGUGCUUGCCCGAGUACCGGGAGCUGAUCGUCGAGUGCUGGCAGCCGGACGCCAGAAAGCGCCCCUCGUUCAAGCAGGUGCUGGCCAAGCUGCAGGCCGCUCUCGCGCGCCACUACCCCCACGACGCCGCCUACGAUGCUGUCGAGGUCGAAGUCGAGGUCGAGGCGGUCCCCGACGACCAGAAGCAGAAAGAGACGCCUACCGAGCCGGAGCCGCCAUCAAUCGACCCACCCGCGCCGACCGAGCCUUUGGCGGUCGUGUCUGCGCCCGAGCCUUUGGUGGUCGUGUCUGCGCCCGAGCCGGAGCCGCCAUCAAUCGACCCGCCCGCACCGCAGGACGGCGUAGUCGCCGACGUCGCCCCGGCCGAACAGUCGGCCGCCACGCAGAACGGGGAGCCAGUGCCGGGUGUGGACUCGGUGGCAACGGACGCGUCGAGCCUGCGCCAUGAGGCGCUGCUCUCGGCGGCCGUCGAACAGCAAAGCGCCCACGAGCGGGCAGGCAAGCGGCGUUCGCAGCACGAGGCGCGGGCGUCUUGCCAGAUCAAGCGGCGGUCGGCGCGUGUGCAGCGCCGCAAGGCCGCCAAGAAGGAGGACGAGGCCGAGCGCUACCACCAGAACAUCCGCCUGGACAACCUCGCCGCCAAGUUCACCCAGUGGCAGAGCAAGGUGCGCGCCUGCAAGCGGACCGCCGUCGAGCUCAGCCACUCGCCCAAGCCCGAAGCCGGAGGAGCCCAGCCCCAGCCCCAGCUAAAGCCCAAGGCCCAGCCUCAGUCGCCAGUCGCCGCCACCGCCGCCUCUGCGUCGAGAGCACAGCGACAAGGUGCGGACGAGAACGGUGGUGAAGAUGGUGAUCAGCUGCAGCCCGCGCUGGGACGACUGUCGUCGGAGGCGCCUCGCCGCUUGACGAUGGGCGAGAAGGGGAACGGCGGCGCGGAAGACCAGUUGCCGCGGCCGCAAGUCCCAUCGCCGGCGUCGCCGCGGGCAAAAAAGAGCGAAGCGACGACGACGACGACGACGACGGCCGCCUCCCUCGAAGAGGCAGAAGAGCGAAGCCUCGACGAGGCAAGUGGCGAGCCCGCGGAGAUGGAGAUGAAGGUCGUCGUGAAGGCCGAGGUGGUGGUGAAGGAGAGGCGCAAGGACAUGGAGUGGAAGGAGGGCAACAUCGCCCGGAAGCCCAGCCGCGAGAUGCCGGCGAUCGUGGUGGUGGGCGACGAGACGACGCCGCCUGCCACCUCCGGAGCGGAGCAGCCGCAGCCGUCGCUCGAGCAGGCCGCGGACCAGUCGGCCGAGCGGGGCAGCAUCAGCGAGACGAGCGACUCGCGCACGAGCAUCAGCUACGGGGACUACGACGACGAGGGCUCCUCGCUGCGCACCGAGGAGAGCGAAGACGACGACAGCGACAUCUUCGAAAUGGAGGAGGUCGAAAGCCCGCGCACCGAACUCGUGUCCCCCAGAUCCGCGUCCUGCGCAGCUCUUUCAUCGUCGUCGUCGUCGUGGCUGUCGCCUUCGGUGCCGUUGUCAUUGUCGACGUCGUCGGCCAGCGCUGCCGCCGAGGACGACGAGCGGCUGCGGCGGAAGCUCAGGGAGAUCGAGGAGCGGCGGCAGCGGGUGCACGAACUGGUCAAGAAGCGGGAGAAGGCGGCCAGCACCGAGCGGCUGGGCGUGGCCGCCGGUGGUGCAAGCCCGGCGCGCCAGGGCAAGCGUAUCAAGCGACGGAGUCAGUCGGCCGAGGACCUGGCGCAGCGGCGGGAGCGGGAGCAGACGGAAAAGGAGCAGCGCGCCCUGCGUCGGGCGGAGGAGCGGGCCAGGGAGAUGCUCGAACGGCAGCGGCUGCUCCAACAGCUGGCCGGCCAGACGAAGAGCGCCACUCACCACGACAACGACGACGGCGAGAACGAAAACGAAAACGAAAACGACGAGAACGAUCACGGCAGCGAAGACGAAAGCGAGAACAACGUCAAGAAGACGAACAAGAAGGGAGAGAAGACCAAGACCACGCCGCAGGAGGAGGAGAAGGACGAGGACGAGGAGGCCGUGCCGCAGCGGCGAUUCGGGCACAGGAAGCAGCUCUCGUUCGGCAUUGGGUUUGGGCCGAGCUCGCUGGAGCGCGUGCACUCGUGGACGAAGGCGAGCCCGGUUGGGUCGCACCGAGGGAGCCUGCCCAGCACGCCCGAGCCGGAGCUCUGCCCCGCCCAACGACGCAGCGUGCCCGAGUCAUGA